AUGAAAAAAGAAAAACCUCGGAUCGCUCUGGAAGGAAAUAAAAAAAAGGCACCGAAAGCGGUGACGAGGUCGCGACUGGCGGAAGCGGCGACAAGGUCAGAUCCCCCGACGGAAGCGGCGACGACCCAGCGACCGUACGCCGACCACCUCGCUCUCAGACCCUCCUUCCUCAUCGAGUUCGACGAGAUCAGCGCCGGCCCCAUCCAGAUGGUCCAUCAGCUUAACUCAUUUGAGCUGCCAGGCAGCCGUGUGCAAUCACAAGGAUUUCUUGACAUGGAUGUUGAUCGUGCCCGCGGCCGUUUGCAGUCACAAGGACUUGGUGCUAUUGAUGCCGAUCGUGCUCGCAGUCGUGGACAAUCACAAGGACUUGGUGAUAUUGAUGACGAUCACGGGGCUGUUGAGUAUCCUCGUGAUAUAGCAAGGGGAAGAUGAAAGCAUAGAGCACAGGCAGCAAGGGGAAGAUGAAAGAAUAGAGCACAGGCAGCAAAUGCUGUGGGCAGGGAAAAGAGCUAUCCAUUGUAGAGAGUAGCAUCAGGUUAUAUAGGCACUUGCUGCUAACGGCUACUUCAGGCAGUUGACUGCACUAGCCGUUGGAAGUUUGAAAAAUAUCAGACUUACAAAUAGAAAUAAUAAUACUUUAUUGUAUAGGAUUCCUGUACGUCUCCUAUGAUGCAGCCAAAGGCACUUUGUUACCAGUUCCUCUGGAUUUGCAAUCCAUAGGAUUGGCUAUGUCAUGGCAGUCAAAUCCUCCAUUUUUCCUAUUCCUUUGUUUUGCAAAUCCUGUGAUCCAAAGAAGCCGU